AUGACGGACAGGAAAACCAUUGAUUUAGAUCAAGGUUGGGCCUAUAUGCAGAAUGGGAUUAAGAAAUUGAAGACAAUUCUGGAAGGAUCAUCGAAAACUCAGUUCAGUUCGGAGGAAUACAUGAUGUUGUACACAACAAUUUAUAACAUGUGUACUCAGAAGCCGCCGCUUGACUACUCUCAGGAUCUGUAUGACAGAUACAAGGGGUUUUUUGAGGAAUACAUUAGAUCGACUGUCUUGUCUUCGGUAAGAGAUAAGCAUGACGAAUUCAUGCUGAGGGAGCUUGUCCAGAGAUGGGUAAACCAUAAGGUGUUGGUUAGGUGGCUUUCACGCUUCUUCCAUUAUCUUGAUCGCUACUUUGUAGUGCGGCGCUCCCUGCCUCCACUCAAUGAAGUUUGGCUCUCUGCCUUCCGUGAUUUGGUUUACAUGGAGGUGCGAGCUAAUGCUAGUAAAGCUGUGAUUACUCUUAUUGACAAAGAACGUGAGGGCGAACAAAUUGAUAGAUCGUUGUUGAAAAAUAUUCUUGAUAUAUUUGUUGAGAUCGGUAUGGGUGAUAUGAAGCAUUAUGAAAAUGAUUUUGAGGUCCAAAUGCUUGAGGAUACUGCCGAUUACUACAGAAAGAGAGUGUCUCAUUAUUUGCAUGCUAGCACUGAGCAGAAACUGGUAGAGAAAGUGCAACACGAAUUGCUGGUAAGCCGUGCUAAUCAAUUACUCGAGAAGGAGCAUUCAGGCUGCCGUGCCUUACUUAGAGAUGAUAAGGUGGAUUAUCUCUCUAGGAUGUAUAGACUUUACCAUAAGAUACCUAAAGGACUGGAUGCUGUUGCCAAUGUAUUCAAGCAGCAUAUUACGGAUGAGGGUACAACUCUGGUUCAACUGACUGAAGAAAGUUCUUGCAAUAAAAAAAACUACAAACCCUGUUAUCCUUGA